AUGAGCUUUGUUUUAAAGUUUAACAAGCAAAGCAACAAUCAAAAGCAAGCUUAACCAACAUAAGGACGCUAGAAUUCGCAGGAUAAUGAGCAAAUCUUACAAAACAGUAAUAAUACAAACUAGUAUCAGGAGAAUAAAAUAGAAAUUUGCUAGGAGUAAUCUCUAAAGAGAUAGUGCAAUUCAUCUGUCUAGUUAAGAUGCCUGCAAGAAGAAAGGAAUGAGAGGAAACUUAGAAAUUAAUCUUCAAACCAUAAUGGCAGUCAAAACCCAAUAAACAUCGGGAACAGUAGUUUUAUUGAUGAUAGCACUGCCUCAACCACUAAAUUCUAGCAUUUUUUCUCAAAGUCUCCUACUGUAAUGAUGAGUUCCCAGUCCUUCACAUUAAAAAACAACUACAUGUUUGGCCCUCUGAAUAGCUCAACCACUCACUUAAAAUCUCCGAAUGCACAUUAAGGCAAGUAGAGAUCGCUUUUUAAUGUUAGAAAUUUAAAUGCUAACAAUGAAGAAAAUCAAACUUCUCAUAUUAGUUCUGGAUGUGAGAUACCCAGAAGAAAUAUUAAUUUAGACAAGUACUUAUCUCAGUCUAUCUAAAAGGAUACAAGAGCUGAAAUAGAUUAGAAAUUAAAGGAUUAAAGUCUAUACUUUAGUAAGGAUCUUCAAGAAAGACUAAAGAUUAUUAAUAACAUUGAAAAGGAUAUGAAGGACAGCAAGUAAAGAUCUAAUUCAAGAUUAAGUUCGUAAAAUAGGAGUCUUUCUGCUCAGAAAAUUCUGAAUAAUUCCUCUUUGAUGUUCUACCAAGGGAUUCCUAAAUUAUUUAGACAGAGUCCAUAGGCUUCACCCAGACCUCUAACAACCAUUAAUAUUUAAGAUUAGGCUGUAAAUAUAGUAAAGAGUCCUACUAAUCAUUUAGAGGCUAUUAACAGAUCUUUAUAUCUAACAAAAAACCUUCCAGAGUCAAAUAUUAAUUAAUGCAGAACUUCUAAACAAUCAGACUCUCAUCCUAUAGUAUUUCAGAGUAAAUCGCCUUAGCCAAUGACUGUCAAAUAUGAAUAAAAAGUGAACAUGAUAAAAAGGUGUUCACCCAGUUUGCUGAAAAAAUCAUUUUUCACUCAGAAGUCAAUUUAAUAAAUAAGCUUAGAAAAACUAAGACAAGAACAUCCUAAUCUAAGUCAGAACGAAAUAAAUUAAGGAAUAUUAAAUCGGUCUGUUGAAUCUCUUAAUGAUUCUAAGCAGGCUAUUCAUUAAGAUCUUCUAACACUUAAACUAAUCGCCAUAAAAGAGAUGAUAUUGCAAAAUAAGUAAUAGAGUAAAGACAAAAACUAGCUAAAAUCACAAGAAAGAAAUCAUCAGAACUAAAGUCAUAGUCUCAGAAAUUCUUUUAAUCAUACAAGUGUUUCAAAUAAUACAAAAGUUAAACAGAUUUAAUAAGUCGUCCUGCCACAAACUUCUAAUGUCUAGCAAUAGCAAACUAGGAAUGCUAAAGAUAGCCCUAAGAGAUAAAAGAAAACUAAUUAAUCUUACCUUAAUUUCACUCAAUCUUACAGAAUAGAUAAAAGUACUAGAAACUUCAAUAAGAUCAAACUGGACUCUAAUAAAACACCUUUAUCUCCAUCAAGAAGAGGUUCUAAACUUAAGAUGACUUCCAAAGCAAGUAAUCAAAACAAAACCUUAUGGCUUGGAAAUCAAUCUCCAAUUAAUCAGCUACCUCAAAAUCCGCAAAGCACCACAUCUCUAUCUAUAAAUACUGAAAAGCUUAAGUAGUUCUGCUAGGUAAAUCAAUCAAGCAGUUAAUUACACAUUUCUCACUAGCACUCCUCUUAGUAAAAUCAGAAUAAAGUUAGUUCUCAAAAUAUUAGCUAAAAUAUUUAGAGUAUCUCGAGUCAAAAGCAAUCACCUCGAUACUAGCCAGCUAAGAGCAACUUCGUUAAAUUCUGUAAGCCUGAAGCGAUUAUUGAAACACCUAUUCCCUAAUCAAUCUCAACAAUAAACUCUUAAGCUGAAACUCAAAGAUUGACAUUAGAUUAAUCAUCAAAGCGACUUAAUUUUCAAAAGAACCCAUCGCAGCAAGCUCUCUUAAGGCUUAACACUUUCAUUAAAUUGACUAGGUAGCAAAUGUUCAAUAACUAAACUAACUAGCACCACUGA